CGACUUUAGUUAGUUACGCAUUUAAAUAAAUCAAGUAUUAAACGUUUUCCUCUCUUCAAGUUCGGAUUGCAAAGACAAUGAGGGGAAUAUACGUAAUCGCUUUCGUCUUCGUGGCAGCUUGGACCGUUAUCGCGAAUAGAGAUUUCGAUCAAGAUAAAUCUGAAUCAAUUUGGGAGAAAUAUCUAGUCGACAUUCCCACAAAAUGUCCACUUCGUGACGCGAAUAACACGGUCGUUCAUCUCGCGCACGAAACCGAUUGCACAAAGUUCUACAAGUGUGCUUCGGGUUUAAGAUAUCUGUUUGAUUGUCCUAUUAUAAACAAUGAACUAAAGGAGAGAUUGCAUUUUAAUAAAUGGAAACAGUACUGCGACUGGCCGGAGGAGGCCGGUUGCAUCAAUUGUCCCGGAAAUCCGAAGGAUGGCUAUCCACCGAUUAAGUUAUCUCACGAUGUUUUGAAUUGCACUCAAUACUACGAAUGUUCGAACGGUCAAAAGCUGACGCGUUAUUGUUCCAGCGGAUGCUUCAGUGCCACAUGUCAAGCUUGCGUCAGAAACCGGACGAAUGGCUAUUGCGAUUAGGACGCUUCCUUCGUUCUGUAUAUAAACAAUUGUGUAAAUUGACAAUCUUUCAAACAAGAUUGUAUAUUUCUGGGUAAAUAAAAAAUUGAUUUCGAAUGUAAUUGCGCUAAAUAUUACGACUGAUAAGAUAAAGAAAAGAUUUUUCACAGAAA